AAGAAUAUUAACAAUAAAUACUUGUUAAUAAACGCAUAAUCAGCAACAAAUAUGGUUGGAUCACGCGUUUAUGUUGGCGGACUGCCCUACGGAGUCCGCGAACGCGACUUAGAGCGCUUUUUCAAAGGCUAUGGACGCACUCGUGAUAUACUUAUCAAGAACGGCUAUGGCUUCGUGGAAUUUGAGGACUAUCGUGAUGCAGACGAUGCCGUGUACGAAUUAAACGGGAAAGAACUGCUAGGGGAACGUGUUGUUGUUGAGCCAGCUAGAGGCACAGCGCGUGGCAGUAAUCGGGAUCGUUACGAUGAUCGCUACGGCGGGCGCCGCGGUGGAGGCGGCAGAUAUAAUGAUAAAAACAAAAAUUCCAGAUCAUCCUCUCGUUAUGGGCCGCCAUUGCGCACUGAGUAUCGUUUGAUUGUCGAGAAUUUAUCCAGCCGCGUUAGCUGGCAGGAUCUGAAGGAUUAUAUGCGCCAAGCUGGCGAGGUUACCUAUGCUGAUGCCCAUAAGCAGCGUCGCAACGAAGGUGUGGUCGAAUUCGCCUCGUUGUCGGACAUGAAGACCGCCAUUGAGAAACUCGAUGAUACCGAGCUGAAUGGUCGUCGUGUGCAUUUGGUGGAGGAUCGUCGUGGUGGACGCAGCGGUGGUGGCGGCGGUGGCGGUGGUGGUGGCGGCGGCGGUGGUGGACGUGGCCGAUCACGUUCGUCUAGCUCGCGUUCACGCUCUCGCUCUCGCAGGCGUUCUCGCUCUCGCCGCUCGUCGCACUCGCGCUCGAAGUCACGCAGUCGCUCCAAGUCUCGCGGUGGACGCUCCAAGUCAAAGUCCCCAGUCAAAUCGCGUUCUCGCUCACGUUCGCGCUCCAACAAAUCUCGUGAUGUGUCCAAGUCAAAGUCAAAGUCUCGCUCUCGCACUCGCUCCCGCUCGCCCAAGCGCGACUCACACUCACGCUCACGCUCUAACUCUAAGCGUGAGUCACGUUCCCGUUCACGUUCAAAGUCGAAUCGCCGUGAUUCGCGUUCUCGUGAUCGUUCCGCAUCGCCCGAUAAUAAGUCGCGUUCUCGUUCUCGUUCACGUUCAGCAUCGCCGAAGAAUGGAAACGCUUCACCGGAUCGCAACACCGAAAGCAUGGAUGAUUAGAUUAGUUAGCUGUCCCAUUAAUUAUAAAAAUAUUGAUUUUAGUUUUCGACUAUUUACUAUAGAAAAACAAAUACAGACACCCCCAUCCACCAAAAACACUUGAAAACAAAGGAAACACUCAAACAAACAAAAUAAGCAAAAACAUUGCGAACAUCUUUUAUCCACUACCAAACAUCGUAAACAUUUUUUUAAUAUUUAAAAAUUAUGUUUUAAGUAAACAUUCGACAGACAUGGCUA